UCUUCUAUGUACAAAUAAGAGACGAGCGUCGCAUUGUUCUAAUGUGGCAACUUUGUUGCUGUGCUGUCUGCGAAGUUUUAACCUGGGGAUCCAGUUAAAGUUACGUAGAUAGCUAAUUUAGUGACAAUAUUUUCUUGAUAGUUCUUAUUCGUUUUGUAGCUGGGUUAUAAAGUGCCAGUUACUUGCCGGCGCUGACGGACACAAGGGAUAUCCACAAUUUGAUCUGUUGUUGCGGUUGAACCGGCUGCUAGCCAUCGCUAGCUACGCUAGGCAGGAAGACAGAGGAGAACCUCAGGUGGAUGUGGAGAGGGUAAAAUAACUAACAAUUCAUUAAGAGUUUUAAUAGAGGAGGGGGGAGGAGGUCUUCUGGUUAGAAAUGGGAGAGCCGGAAGCCCCUACGUUUGUUUCUCUGGAGGAGGAGGUGGACUAUUGGAAGGAGCAAGCGGCAAAGCACCAACAGAGGGCUGAGGAGGCACAGGAGGAGCUGCAAGAAUUCCGGCAGAUGAGCCGGGACUACGAGGUGGAGCUGGAGACGGAACUCAAGCAGUAUGAGACCCGGAACCGAGAACUCCUCACACAGAACAACCGGCUACGCAUGGAACUGGAGAACUACAAGGAGAAGUUUGAGACUCAGCACUCGGAGGCAUUCCGACAGAUCUCCGUUCUGGAGGGAGACCUGGCGGAGACAACUGCCCUCAGAGACCAGCUUCACAAAUACAUCAGAGAACUGGAGCAGGCCAAUGAUGACUUGGAGAGAGCCAAGAGGGCCACCAUCAUGUCUCUGGAGGACUUCGAGCAGAGGAUGAACCACGUGAUCGAGAGGAACGCCUUCCUGGAGAGUGAACUGGACGAGAAGGAGAACCUGCUGGAGUCAGUUCAGAGACUCAAGGACGAAGCCAGAGAUCUGAGACAGGAGCUGGCCGUGCAACAGAAGCAGGAGAGGCGCCCGUCCCUCUGCGUCACCAAAGACUCUUCACUGGCGGACGCCAAGCCGUCCCUCGUUACCUCGCCUCCAUCCACACGGCCCUCCUCCCCUUCCUCGGCCGCCCCUCCGCCCCUGCUCUCCACGCCUUCCAGACCCCCCCACCUCUCAGAAAACCCCUUCGCCACCCCCCCACCAUCCUAUGGCAGAGGCACACCUCUCUCCACGUCGGCUCGCAUCUCCGCCCUCAACAUCGUAGGGGAGCUGCUGAAGAAAGUCGGGAACCUGGAGUAUAAGCUAGCGUCCUGUCGAGAUUUUGUCCAUGAGCAGUCCCCUGGUCGCAGUACUUUAUCCGGGGGGCAGGGGGCGCCACCCGCCCAGAGGGACUCGUUUUCUGGCACGCCGUCCACCACCAAUGGAAUGUACGAGAAGGGCAUGGUGAAGAGACUAGAAUUUGGACCGAGUCCCAAGAUUCUCCUUUGAGCCCCGGGGGAGAGCACCACCUGGACUUGUCCAAUAAGAAACACUUGGCACUUGUGAAUGUGACCAUGCUCAUCCCAGGCGCUUUAUUCAACCCCUCCCUCAGUAUUCUCCUGACUGAUCAGCUUACUGCUUGGCUUGUACUCUAGUUUGUGUACCAAUUUGCAUCCUUUUCCCUAAUAUAGUGCACUAUUUUUAACCCGGUCUCAUUUAGUUUUGGUCAAAAGUGCACUAAUAGAAGGGCUUAGGUUAAGCCUUUUGUACAACACUUAAUCUGCCUCCCUCCCUCCUCAAUGAUUGGACAGCAUGGACGUGUUCUGGAACGUCACUGAGACGUUCCUCUCCCUCUAACCCAAUGAAACUCCACAGAACAGAGUGUCAGCGUGAAUCUCUGCUGCACCACAAUGUCAUUAUGGAGCUCGCGGGACAAAGUCACCAAACAGCACUCCUUCCCCCACUUUUUACCCAGUAUCCUUUGUGCUCAAUAGAAUACCACAGGGCGGAGAGAGGCUCCUUGGGCCGGAGCUUGUGGCCCCUCAUGUUGGAAGUUGCAUGUUGUGCCUGUCACCCCAUUCCAAACGACACAGUCCACGGCUCCAUCACAUUAAGGCUCGGGUCAAAAGAGCUGCACUAUCUGGGGAAAAGCCUCUCUGCACCGGACUGCACGUUAUUUGGUUCCUUUUGCUGCGUUCUUGUGCAUUUGUUGUUUGUUGAGGUGGGAAGGUGUGUUAGCACUGGAAUGGAUGGUUAUCUCCACAAGGAGGAUUAUUUGUAGUGUUUUUUUUCUAAUACUGUAACUGACUGAACAGUGACCCCCUGCUGGUUAAAGAUGGGACGAGAGAUCUGGGCCAGAGGGUUAGGAGGCUAAAGAAAUGUUUAAAGUGCCAGAGUGUAGAAGAUUUGGUUAGGGAAUUGGUUGAUGUUGCCUACUAAUGGUUACGGGUGGGGCUUGGGUAAUCUGAACCUACUUCUGUGGGUAGAAAUGUGAGUGUUUUGGGAUAGGUUAUGUUGGGAAAUUGGUUUUGGGCAUAGAGUUGGCUAUAGGAUACACACGGUCUGGUGUUAUUGAGGACCUUUUCCCCAUUUUGAAGGAAAUCUCUCUACCUUGGCUUUACUGACAGAGGUUGAAUUAUAGCCACCUGUGUUUAGUGUUUGCUAUUGGCUGAGCUGCCGAUGACCUGGAUGGAAUUCCUCCAGUUGAUUACUUUAGAAAGGUGAAGUCCUCAGUAGUGUGCCUGUGCUAACACAGAUGUUGUGUCACGUGAGUAUUGUUUUCAGUCCCUGCCAUUUUAUUAGAGCUACUGAGGGUACCCUAGCCUGGUUUGUUUUUCAGCUGCAACGGGGCUAAGUAUUAGAGCGCCGUUAGAUUACCAAAGUUAGUGGUGCCUUGUUGGGGUAGGUCAAUUAUUUUAAAAUGGAGUACUUUCUAGUAAAUAGAAUGUAUGAAGUAUGAAACUACAAAAACGUUAAUACUUAUUCAUGUUAAGAUUCACUUUUUAUCAUAAGAACCAAAAGCCAGGUACAUUUCCCCGGGUCGGCUUGAUGUAGGUGUUGUCCAUACGUGACCGUUCAACCUUAAUAAUUAAGGCAACUCUUUGGCUAGCUUUCCCAGGUUUUUCAGAAAUCCUGUCUAGACUCACAGAACAAAGGAACAAUUAACAGGUUAUCUGGAAUCCUUAAAACACAAUAUACCAGACUUUUGCAAUCUCAUGAAUUUUAAGUGGUUUCAAAUGUUAGUCUUUGAAACCCAUAAUAUGUGAGAAGUCUGUAAACAAUUCUGUAUGGUUGUGCAAGUGGUCCUAUGGUUUGGCUUAACUAUGGGCACAACCUAUUACAUUCCCUGCUACCCAAGGAUUCCUGGUUACUCCCUAUUGUAAUAUACUUUCCCUUUGCUCAGACAACUAACAAGGUCUAAAAUCUUUACCACUGUUCUUGGUUUAUUAGUUGGUUUUAGAAGUCAUAUUUCAGAGUCAAAGGAUUCAGUCUGUACUGGUGCCUUUUCAGUCUGUACUGGUGCCUUUUCAGUCUGUACUGGUGCCUUUUCAGUCUGUACUGGUGCCUUUUCAGUCUGUACUGGUGCCCACCUUUGACCUGUCAAGCCAUUCCUGCCAACCAGGCAAAAGUUGGACGCUAACAGGAUGGUCGCAUUCAAAGACUGUUACAUAUGUUGAUGAAAAGCACAUUUUGUUGUGUCCUGUUGGUUGAACCCUUGUGACUUUCUUUAACAAGCAUGGUGUGUCUGCAGCCUUGCUGUAGAUAUCUCGCUGUAGCUGAGAACAUACUUCGCUGUGUGUGUGUGUGUGUGUGUGUGUGUGUGUGUG